GCUGGGGGGACCCCAGGACCAAAGCGCCGGGGGCGGAGCAGCGCGGUGCAGGCGGCUGGGCUCAGCCUUCCUCCCGCCUCUGCCGGUCCCUCUGCUGGACCCAGGGAGUCCGGAGCGAACACAUCAUGCAGGACACACAGGACAGCGACAUCAGCCUGGAGGGCUUGACCCGAGAGGGAGCCCCUGCGGACCGAGAGUGCCAGAGGGGACCGGAAACAAUCGUACACGAGGCACAGGACGCAGGAACCCCCAACUCAGGUGACGCCACCGGGGCUGUGGAUGGGGAGCGCGAGGCCACCAUGAGGGUCCCCGAGAAGUACUCGACGCUCCCAGCGGAGGACCGCAGCGUCCACAUCGUGAACAUCUGCGCCAUCGAGGACCUGGGCUACCUGCCGUCCGAGGGCACGUUGCUCAACUCUCUGUCCGUGGACCCUGACGCCGAAUGCAAGUAUGGCCUAUACUUCAGGGAUGGCAAACGCAAGGUGGACUACAUCUUGGUGUACCAUCACAAGAGAGCCUCGGGUAGCAGGACUCUGGCCAGGAGAGGACUACAAAAUGACAUGGUCCUGGGGACCCGCAGUGUCAGGCAGGACCAGCCCCUUCCCGGGAAGGGGAGUCCUGUGGAUGUGGGCUCACCGGAAGCCCCCAUGGAUUACCACGAAGAUGACAAGCGCUUCAGAAGGGAGGAGUACGAGGGCAACCUGUUGGAGGCAGGCCUGGAGCUGGAACGUGACGAGGAUACCAAAAUCCAUGGUGUCGGGUUUGUGAAGAUCCAUGCGCCCUGGCAUGUGCUCUGCAGGGAAGCUGAGUUUUUGAAACUGAAGAUGCCCACGAAGAAGGUGUACCACAUCAGUGAGACCCGAGGCCUCCUGAAAACCAUCAACUCCGUUCUGCAGAAGAUCACAGACCCCAUCCAGCCCAAGGUGGCUGAGCACAGACCACAGACCACAAAGAGGCUCUCCUACCCCUUCUCCAGGGAGAAGCAACACUUAUUCGACCUGACUGACAGGGACUCUUUUUUCGACAGCAAAACCCGGAGCACAAUAGUCUAUGAAAUCCUGAAGAGAACAACGUGCACCAAGGCCAAGUACAGCAUGGGGCAAGGAGAGGGAAGAAGGAAGGACUCUGCCCUUCUAAGUAAACGGCGGAAGUGUGGGAAAUACGGUAUCACCAGCCUCCUGGCCAAUGGCGUGUACUCAGCUGCGUACCCUCUGCACGAUGGUGACUAUGAAGGUGACAACGUUGAGUUCAACGACAGGAAACUCCUGUAUGAGGAAUGGGCAAGCUAUGGAGUCUUCUACAAAUACCAGCCCAUUGACCUGGUCAGGAAAUACUUUGGAGAAAAGGUUGGCCUGUACUUUGCCUGGCUUGGAGCCUACACCCAGAUGCUCAUCCCUGCCUCCAUUGUGGGUGUCAUUGUCUUUCUCUACGGAUGUGCCACCGUGGACGAAAACAUCCCCAGCAUGGAGAUGUGUGACCAGAGACACAACAUCACCAUGUGUCCUCUGUGUGACAAGACCUGCAGCUACUGGAAGAUGAGCUCAGCCUGUGCCACAGCGCGUGCCAGUCACCUCUUUGACAAUCCUGCCACUGUCUUCUUUUCUGUGUUUAUGGCCCUCUGGGCUGCCACCUUCAUGGAGCACUGGAAACGGAAGCAGAUGAGACUCAACUACCGCUGGGACCUCACGGGCUUCGAGGAAGAGGAGGAAGCUGUCAAGGAUCAUCCCAGAGCAGAGUAUGAAGCCAGAGUCUUAGAGAAGUCACUGAGAAAAGAAUCCAGAAACAAAGAGAAGCGCCGGAAUGUUCCAGAAGAACCGACCAACAAAUGGAAGCAGAGGGUUAGGACAGCCAUGGCAGGGGUGAAAUUGACUGACAAGGUGAAGUUGACCUGGAGGGACCGAUUCCCAGCCUAUUUCACCAAUCUUGUCUCCAUCAUCUUCAUGAUCGCAGUGACAUUUGCAAUCGUUCUUGGAGUUAUCAUCUAUAGAAUCUCCACAGCUGCAGCCUUGGCCAUGAACUCCUCCCCAUCUGUGCGGUCCAACAUCCGGGUUACAGUCACGGCCACUGCUGUCAUCAUUAACCUCGUGGUCAUCAUUCUGCUGGAUGAAGUUUACGGCUGCAUUGCCAGGUGGCUCACCAAGAUUGAGGUCCCGAAGACAGAGAAGAGCUUUGAGGAGAGGCUAACCUUCAAGGCCUUCCUGCUCAAGUUUGUGAACUCCUAUACUCCCAUCUUCUAUGUCGCCUUCUUCAAAGGCCGGUUUGUUGGUCGGCCUGGUGACUACGUUUAUAUCUUCCGCUCUUUCCGGAUGGAGGAGUGUGCCCCAGGCGGCUGCCUCAUGGAGCUCUGUAUCCAGCUGAGCAUCAUCAUGCUGGGCAAGCAGCUAAUCCAGAACAAUCUCUUCGAGAUCGGCAUCCCGAAGAUGAAAAAAUUCAUCCGCUACCUGAAGCUGCGCAGGCAGAGCCCCUCGGACCGCGAGGAGUACAUAAAGCGGAAGCAGCGCUAUGAGGUGGACUUCAACCUCGAACCCUUCGCCGGCCUCACGCCCGAGUACAUGGAAAUGAUCAUUCAGUUCGGCUUCGUCACCCUGUUCGUUGCGUCCUUCCCUCUGGCCCCACUCUUCGCCCUGCUGAACAACAUCAUUGAGAUCCGCCUGGAUGCCAAAAAGUUUGUCACCGAGCUACGGAGACCAGUAGCCAUCAGAGCCAAAGACAUCGGCAUCUGGUAUAACAUUCUCAGAGGUGUCGGGAAGCUGGCUGUCAUCAUUAAUGCCUUUGUGAUCUCCUUCACGUCUGACUUCAUCCCUCGCCUGGUAUACCUCUACAUGUACAGUCAAAACGGGACCAUGCACGGCUUCGUCAACCACACGCUCUCCUCCUUCAAUGUCAGCGACUUCCAGAAUGGCACAGCACCCAAUGACCCACUGGACCUGGGCUACGAGGUUCAGAUCUGCAGGUAUAAAGAUUACCGGGAGCCCCCGUGGUCAGAACACAAGUAUGAUAUCUCCAAAGACUUCUGGGCUGUCCUGGCCGCCCGGCUGGCAUUCGUCAUUGUCUUCCAGAACCUGGUGAUGUUCAUGAGUGACUUUGUGGACUGGGUGAUCCCUGAUAUCCCCAAAGACAUCAGCCAGCAGAUCCACAAGGAGAAGGUUCUCAUGGUGGAGUUGUUCAUGCGUGAGGAGCAGGGCAAGCAGCAGCUACUGGACACAUGGAUGGAGAAGGAGAAGCCAAGGGAUGUGCCUUGUAACAACCACAGUCCCACAGCCCACCCAGAGGCAGGUGACAGCAGCCCAGUCCCCAGCUACGAGUACCAUGGGGGCGCGCUGUAGCCAUGAUGGCAGGCCAGCAGGCCAGCAGGCUUCUGACCAUCACCAAGUGACCACUCGGUUUCCUCCAGAGCCAGUACUUCUAGCCCCACCAGGGCUUGUGGCUCUUGGGUCGUCUAGAUGUGUGGAGGGCCACUCUGAUGUGACAACGGUCUUCUUUCUUCUUUCUGUUUCUUCUCAUUUUUGCACAAGGCCAUUAUGCAGGGAAGUUUUUAUCUUUAGUAUUCAAUGCCAAGGAUGGCUGGUGAUGGGGAUGAACAGGGUGAGGGCAUGUUCCACAGACCUAUGAGGGAACAUAGAGACCCCCACCCCAACCCCCCGCAUCAGUAAGGAGCCAAGGUCCAGAGUCAGCAUCCUUAGUCUGAAGGAUGCCCUGGGAUAGAUGCAGAAUGGUGUCCAGGAACCUGCUAACAUUUUGCAGAAGGAUGAACGACUUAGAUUUCUAAAGAUGUUACCUGCUCUAGUUGGACAAGCUGGAAGACUCCACUGUCUUUCCUUCUGGGAGCUCAGAAGUUCAGGCCCAGGGUCAGAAAUAAGCCUGGCCUGGCCACCCACAGAGCACACACACACACACACACACACACACACACACACACACACACACACACACACAGUGGCUUCACAUUCUGCUCCAGUAACCAAGGAGUACAGGGGCCCCAGUUGACCAGCGCCCUUGGCAUCCCUGGCAGGCUCCACACCAGCCACUCAAGGGCCCCUCACAUGAGGCUGAUGUCCUCCUUGUGAGACAGGCUGUGGUGACGGGCAGGACAUCUUUAAACAGGCUGGAGGGCUUCACCAAGCCCCAGAGCCUCUGUGGGCUCAUUUUUCGCUCUUUUAGACCAUCUAUUGGUUUUUGUCUAAAAAUCAAUAGUAUGAUGGAUUUGAGGGAUUUUCUUUCUGUAGCUCAAGGUGGAAGGAGUUUAUUUCAUUAGUUAGCCAAAUACUGAGAGGAAAUUAAAAUAUCGUUACUACCAAAGAUUUUUCUCAAUAAAAGCUUCUAUUUUGGUAACACACCUAUAUUUUCACUCAUGGGGAUAUGAGGUCCUCAGCACUUACCAUUGUAAUAGCUUCGAAAACAAGCCUCGUGGGCCAGCUUCUUUGGAUGUGCUAGCCAGCUGUGCAAAGCCUCUCAGCACCAGUGCCAGCAGGGCCUCGCCCAGGCUGGAAAAGGCAACUCCUUCUCUCGUCUGAGGGCGCGGCAGACAGUCCUGCAGUUGGCAGCUGGGGUCCAAGUCUUGGGCUUCAAAGGUUUUCACUGUUGGCUAAAAUCAUGAGAUCUGAUGCUUCUGUCUUCUUCUGUGCAGUGACGUGGUUUCCGAUGAUGUUUUGUAUAUAGCUACCGUAUCCAAAAUUAGAUAAUUACCAAAAAUUCUUUUACAGAAACCAUUUUUUAAAAAAAAAACAAAACUGAAUGUAUACACACCCACAGGAGUCUGUGGCUGAGCGUUCAUCAAAAUAAAUUUGAAUACACAA